GUCUGACCUGUUGCACAACACACGUAAAGUUUAUCAGAUGAUCCUCCCUCUUAAAACACUUGCCAAGAAAAGACUGUUUCAUUAUUUCACUCCUUUCUGUCAUACUGAUCUUUUUUUUUUACUUCUGGAUAUAAUCAGAAAGGAAUCAGCAAUCAGUGGAGAAAGAAGACAAAAACACUUUCAAGAAGGAUCUUUGAGAAGUUUGUUUCUAAGCAAACAGCAGAUCUUUGUGGUUCUUGUGGUUAUUCAUUUUUAAACUACCAGAAAGUGAAAGUAAAGUUUAGAUUGCUGGAGCUCAAACAGUGAAAAUGGAUCCACUAUCCAUAGAUGAUUUUUCCUGUCCUAUGUGUUGUGAUAUUUUCAGAGAUCCUGUUGUUUUAUCAUGUAGUCACAGUUUCUGUAAAGAGUGUCUUCAACAGUUCUGGAGAAUCAAGACAACUCUGGAGUGUCCUGUCUGCAGGAGAAGAUCCUCAAAAGAUGAUCCUCCAAAUAAUCUUUGGAGGAUCCCCAAAGAGUCGUUCCUGAAGGAGAGAAAUGAGAGGCGUUCAUCAGGAUCUGAGGAGAUCUGCAGUUUACACAGUGAGAAACUCAAACUCUUCUGUGUGGAGGACAAACAGCCUGUGUGUUUAGUGUGCAGAGAUUCACAACAACACGACAAUCACACAUUCAGACCCAUCAGUGAAGCUGUUUCAUCUUAUAAGGAGGAGCUCAAUACAGCACUGAAGUCCUUACAGGAGAAACUUAACAAUGACGAAAAAAUUAAAAGAGAGUUUGAGAAAACUGUUCAACACAUUGAGUCUCAAGCUGAGCACACAGAGUGUCAGAUUAAACUGCAGUUUGAGAAGCUUCAUCAGUUUCUCAGAGAUGAAGAAGAAGCUACAAUCACUGCACUGAGGGAGGAAGAGGAGCAGAAGAAGCAGACGAUGAAGGAGAAGCUGGAGGAGAUGAACAGACACAUCUCAGCUCUUUCACACACAAUCAAAGACAUGGAGGAGACGAUGAAAGACAAUGACAUCUGCUUUCUGAAGAAGUUUCCAGUCUCAAUGGAAAGAGUCCAGAUCUCACAGCCGGAUCCACAGAUGCCUUCUGGAGCUUUGAUUCAUGUGCCACAUUACUUAGGCAACCUACAGUUCAGAGUCUGGAAGAAGAUGCAGGACAUCGUCCAAGACACUCCUGUGAUUCUGGAUCCAAACACUGCAAAUCAGUGGCUCGUCCUGUCUGAUGAUCUGACCAGAGUGAAAAGCAGCAGGAACAAACAACCUCUUCCUGAUAAUCCAGAGAGAUUUGACUAUUAUCCCUGUGUUCUGGGUUCAGAGGGAUUUAACUCAGGAACACACUGCUGGGAUGUGGAGGUUAAAGAGAGUUUAAAGUGGAGUCUUGGAGUAACUACAGCAUCAAACCAAAGAAAGGGAUGUGAUUUCUUUAACACUGGUGUCUGGAGCGUGCAGUACGGACUGAUUGAAGAGUUUGGUUUUCUUGUUAAACAGGAUCUUGAGUGUGUGAGAGUUGAUCUGGACUAUGACAGAGGAACGGUGUCAUUCUCUGAUCCUGUAACUAACACACAUCUACACACAUUCACAACCACCUUCACUGACACACUCUUUCCAUUCUUCUGGCUUUCUGCAUUUUCAUCUCUGAGGAUCUUACCGUUCAAUAGUCAGUAAACGUUACACCUGUCGGCCUGCAUCAACCUGCUUUCACUGGCGGUGUGGAUCCAGCAUCUUUUACAGUUAGAAAUUAAAAAUGAAAUAAGAAUGCUAAACUCAUAACCCUGCGCUGAUCAGCUUUAUUUACUGAUUUUAUCUGACUUACUCUAGUCUGGUUAGAAGGGCGUCUUAUUGGGGUCCUUUCAAACAUCCCUUAUUUGGUGUAGACCAAUCACAACACAUUGAUAAAACAGUGAAAUUAUCAAAUCUGAAAACAGAAGCAUCUGAUGAACUGAUAUACUGUAGCAGCUGUCAGUAGUCUUUAAGUCUCCAGUGAGCAGCAAAUGUGACUGUGACAAGAAAAGAAAAUAUUGGAGGAGAGAAAGGCCUCGCUACAGUCACAUUUGACUGAUCACUGGAGACUUAAAGACUAUUAAAACCAUAAUUUCUGUAAAGCUAUUGACAUUGAAUCAUACAUCUCCUCAAAGAUGCUUUCAAAUGAUGUGUAUCAUGAAAAGCACUAUAAAUAAAAAAUGUCUUAAGAGCA